AUAGGAGCAAGGAGGGAAUGGGUUUGGUUUUGGUUUUGAUGGUUACUGUGAUGAUGACUGUAGGAGGAGGAGGGAUUGGGGUUGCAGCAUCAACAGCUGAGGUUCACGUAGUGGGAGGUGAUAAUGGAUGGGAUAUUUCUUCCGACAUUGCUGCCUGGUCUGCCGAUCGACUCUUCCGUGUUGGAGAUCAUAUUUGGUUUGCUUACUCAUCAGGAGCAGGAGAGAACAUAGUGGAGGUGGGGAGCAUGGAAGAGUUGCAGGCUUGCGAUGUGACCAACCCUAUCCGUAUGUAUACGGACGGCCUGGAUAGCAUCACCCUCGAUGGUGUAGGCACCCGCUUUUUCGCCAGCAGCAGCACUGAUAGGUGCAAGAAGGGCCUCAAGCUUAACAUCGAUGUACUGCCGCAGCAGCCGAUCCAGUUUCAUGAUCAGAUGUACGAUGCCGAUGACGAUGCCAUCGCCACGGGACCAACCACUCCAUCUGCAGCGGCAGAGGUCUUCGAUCGAUGGGUACAGCACCAGCAGCAACAGACUUGGGAGUGUUUGAGGAUUGAUUGCAGCCUUCAAAGGAUUCUUCACAGCACUUGUAUUGAUCAACAGAGAAACAGCAGCAUGAAGGAUUGA